GAAACAGUGGGGAAAUUUGUGAGGGAAUUCCCAUCUCAAAAAAUAUAAAACCCGACACGUUUACUGUUUUUUGUCGUUUCAUCUUGGUUUUUGUGCACGACCCUACUCUUUAGAUAGCCUCGAAAUAAUCUUACAAACCUUUUUUCUGAAUUUAACAAUGGAAAGUAUGAAAAAACCAACUCCAAAACCAAGAUCGAAGCUACUUAGUGACAAAGGCAAACAGCAAAUGGAACUUGAAGAACUUAGGAUGGCUCAGGUCAGUGAAAAAUACGAUUCUGGUAUCGGUAGCAUGUCAACUGUUUCGAUGGACAGAAGCGUAACUGGUUGCGAUUCCACGGAUUAUAUAUCCAGAGACCAGCUAUGCAGCGAACAACCAGAGUUGAUGAAAAACAUGGCAGAUCUAGUCAUUGGAAGUGGGAAACAUUCUAGCGCUGACGAUGGGUUUUUUUCUAUGAGUACGGACGGUAAAGAAAAUCGAGAGAACUCACGUACGGCUGUACCAUUUCCCAGAAUAAUAAACUAUCAUAACCCGAACACCAAUGUUACUGCUUUUGACCUUAUACGAAGUUUUGCAGUAACACAGGAACUGAGAUAUGUUCUGGCGCCAUUGCGAUUGCAUUUACUGCAUCAGAACGAAGACGGUGAUACAUCUCUCCACUUGGCAAUUAUCAACUGCAACGAACAGAUUAUUUUACAGAUGAUAGAUGUCUUAAGAAACCCCGAAUGCUUUAAUAUCUACAAUGAUCUUACCCAAACCCCACUACAUUUAGCUGUGAUAACAAGACAGGAUAAAAUUGCAGGCAAACUAAUAGAUUAUGGAGCGAACAUUGAUUCGGUUGAUAGAAAUGGACAGACUUGUGUACAUCUCGCUUGUCAGUAUGGGGACCUCAGAUCACUAAGAGCGAUUUUCAAGCAAAGGCCAUUUAGACCAGAACUAGCUGAAAGAUUACCGGAGAUUUUAGAAACAACAAAUUUUGAUGGAUUAACUCCACUUUGUAUUGCUGUGAAACAAAAUCAUAUUGAAAUAGUGAAGGAACUGAUUAUGCUUGAUGUGGACGUAAAUGCAAUUGACACCAAAAGUGGUAACACUGCUUUGCAUUUAGCUGUAGAAGACAAUAAUCUACCAAUGCUUGCUUGCUUACUAUUCCAAGGAAAGGCAGACCCAAACGUAACAUCAUACAAUGGUAGCACACCACUGCACAUUGCUGCAGGUUUGAAACUUGAUCCAAUUGUUGCAACACUAGUUGCCAUUGGUGCAAAUACAUUAAUAGAAAAUAUGGAGGGAGAUACUGCUUUUGGCAUGGAAAGUGAAGAUUGGGAGGAUGUACCUGACAAGUAUGAGAUCGCUAGAGAAACGUUUGAUUCAUCAGAUGACGAUAUGGAAGAAAUUGACUGACUGAAAGGGUAGACUUUGCAAUAGUUUUCUGAAGAAUUAUGACAUGUUGUGUAACUUAUGUCAGCUUUUUAUUAUAAUUUAUAUAUGUUUAGGCACAAUGUAGUAGAAUUGCGCAAGUCUGAUAAUUAUAUGUUUGUAAACUUUUACCCUAUAAUUUACCAAACUUAACAAGUGCAUCACCUAAGGCUAAUGUAUAUGAAAACACAGAAUGUUAUCUUGUCAUUAUU